UACAUAGGUUCAAAGAUGAACUGCUGUGGUCUGCUAACUGCACAGAAGGAACCAGUUCCUCUGAAGAGCGUGGAGGUGAAGCUGGAGGUGAGGGCCAAUGUGGCUACAGUGGUCUCCACUCUGAACUAUGAGAACAAGGAGGACAAACCACUGGAGGCUGUUUUUGUCUUCCCUCUGCCUGGAGAUGCUGCUGUAUGUCACUUCAGUGCUAAGAUUGGACAGACAGAGAUUGUAGCUGAGGUGAAGGAGAAACAGAAGGCUCGUGAGGAGUAUGAUGACACUUUGAGCUCCGGUCAGCAGGUCUUCCUGUUGGAGGAGAGUGAUCAGAGUCCAGAUAUAUUCUCUCUGAGUGUGGGCAGUCUGCGUCCAGGAGAGAGCGCCUCCAUCAGGCUGGAGUACGUCACUGAGCUGGCUGUGCAGGCUGAUGAAGGGCUGAGGUUUUGUCUGCCUGCUGUGCUCAACCCUCGCUACCAACCUUGGGGAAGUAAAGAUGUUUGUAUCCAGGUGACCUCUGUUCCAGCCUCUCUGGUGCCCUACAGUCUGUCUUUCUCUGCCCGAGUGUCCUCUCCUCGUCCAGUCUCUAAAGUAGAGUGCAACUGUCCCCUGGAUGCUCUCCAGUACCUCAACACAGAGCAAACCCAGGCUACGGUCAAGUUGGCUGCAGGACACAAGUUUGACAGGAAUGUUGAACUGCUGAUUUAUUACAAAGAUGCCCACCAGCCCACUGCUGUGGUGGAGGCAGGACAGGCCUCUGCCAAGCCUGGCACUCUGAUGGGUGAUCCAGUGGUGAUGCUGAGCCUGUACCCUGAGUUCCCCCAGGCUGUGAUGUCUUCAGUUGCUUUAUGUGGAGAGUUUGUGUUCUUACUGGGUCGAUCUGGCAGUAUGGAUGCACGUAUGAACAACAGCGAGAGUCAUCAAACUCGUAUUGGCAGUGCCAGGGAUACUCUGCUGCUCCUGUUGAAGAGCUUACCAAUGGGCUGCUAUUUCAACAUCUACAGUUUUGGGUCCUGCCAUGAACACAUCUUCCCUAAGAGUGUGGAGUACAGCCAGAAGACCCUGGAAGAGCCUCUGAAAAAAAUUGAGGAGAUGGACGCUGAUCUGGGAGGAACAGAGAUCCUGAUGCCCCUCAAACACAUUUACAGCCAGCCCUGCAUUCCCAGUCAACCUAGACAACUAAUUGUCUUUACUGACGGAGAGGUGGGGAACACCAAAGAAGUUAUAAAUCUGGUGAAGAAGAAUUCAGGUUCCCACAGGUGUUUUUCUUUUGGGAUUGGGGAAGGGGCCAGCUCUGCUCUUAUCAAUGGGUUGGCCAAGGAAGGAGGAGGUCACGCUCAGUUCAAAACAGGAACUGACAGGAUGCAACCCAAAGUGAUGCAGUCGCCGCGUUUUGCUCUGCACCCAGCUGUGGUGGACAUCUCAGUUAAGUGGGAUUUGCAAAAGGGAGUGUCUGUCACUGCUCUCUCUCCACCAAUCACAGCACUUUUCCAGGGUCAAAGGUCACUGGUGUAUGCCCAGCUCACAGGAAAGAAUAACAGUCCACAGGCUGGGUGCUCGGAGUCUGAUUUGCUCUCUGGAGAUGGAGGAGAGCGAAUUGCGCAGAGGAGAGGGGGAUGGAGAAGUGAAGAAGAAGGUGGUGGAGCUCAGUGUCCAAUCAGGAGUGAGCAGUGCCUUCACUGCCUUCAUUGCUGUCAACAACGGCAACGGUGAAGCGAUUCAAGGACCUCUGGUGCGCAGAAAUGUUCCAACACCCAGGCUGUGGGGUGGUUGCGGUCCGCCGCAGUCAAUCAAAAUGAUGCAAGCUCCAUGUGUGACAAAGUGUGUGAAAGCUGGAAAUGCUCUGUUUGGUUGCAACAUGCAGAAAGACGCC